CUCUGUCAUAACAAGCUUUUACAAGGAAUGACAUCAACACUGCAGCCUUACAGGACGACUCCCGUAUGCCAUCUCAGGCAGCGGGGCUUCUCAGUUUUGUGUCCUCGGCCCUGCAAUACAAACCAAACAAGGAGCGAAGUACGUACUAAGGCAUUCAGGCUAGGAAAUCCCUUUGGGGCCGGUGCGUCCUCCCGCCAACAGCAGACCGCCCUGGUUGCCCCUGACCGUCCACCGGCGAGCAGCAGCAAAGCAGCGUCGAAUGGAGUAGCAUCAUUUCCGGUCAUUGCCAUAGCAGCCGUUGGCGUUGCGGGGCUUAUAACGAUGGUGUUCAAGAAAAUCAGGAACAAUGGGCUGGAUGACAACACGGCGCGCUAUAGCGUGAAUAUGCAUCUCGCGAACGUCAUGAAAGACGUCAAUACAGUGCGCAUCGAAGACCUGUCGUUGGACCAAAUCGAGGCGGCAAGAGCACGGCGCAGCAAGGAGAGGGCUAACCAUAAAUUGUCGCUGGAGGAAAUCGAGUUGCCCCAGAACCACCCCUUUGCGACCAAGCAAAAGCUGUCAAAAGAGGAGCAGGAGCAGUCUCUCCAGAACUUGCGCGCGCGCAGCAUGCGGCGUCGAAACUAUGAUGCCAUGCAGACCGGAGUGGAGGGAGGGCGUGCCAGUUCAACCAGGGAGUACAGCAGCGGCCUGCCCGAGGAGCACAUAUGA